UCUGCGUCUUGGGAAUAUGUCAUCAACCGAUCCAGGCAUUGCAUAAAACGAAGUCAUCUCGCCCAGAAGCAGCAAGCCUCUGGGGAUAGUGUCCAACACAGCCUUUGCACAAUUGCCAGUUAGCUAUAGUAUUUAAUAGAUAAAAGUGAUUUUCAUGGCACACGAAGGGCCAUUGCUGGCCAGAUUACUUACUGCGACGACGGUGCCUGGCUCAAAGAUAAGCCAGCGCUUUUGCCGCUGCAGCAAGUGCGGCAGGUGCUUCGGUUUCUCACGGACAUAGCUGAGGGCGCGGCUAUCGGAGCUGUUAUUUCCAGCUCUGACCAGAGUCAGCAACGUGGUAAGCAGCAGCACUAGGAGUAAACAGCGCAUUCGAUCAGCCAUAACUGCAUGCCUCGAGCGACUGAAGUACGGACAAGACGGUCGUCGAGCUGCAGAGUCGAUUUAGACCAAGAGCUUAGGACAUAGCGUGGCUAGUCAAUUUGGAUCUGGAGUACUGGCCAUGAUUGACCGCAAAGCGAGUUUGUUUGGCCAAGUAAUUAAUCCGAACUGGCCACGACUGAACCUCAAGAAUUGGGUCAGGCCUGAAACCAGUUUGCAAUCUAAUUUAAUUAACAACUUGGCAUCGAUGGCAAAUGGCAAGGGCCGGCAGACGAAGCCACAAAUACUGCUGCCCAAAAUCCAAGCCGAAUUUUUGAUUCAGUUGUCGAAAUAAACGCAGCCAGAAUAUGUCAACCACUUGGCUGGUUCCUGGACUAGAACUGGUGCUAGUGCUGCUGCUGCUGCCGUUGGGAAAUUGCCAGGGCGGACUAUCUCUGAAUGCUGCGGCCAAAAGCGAUGCUCUGGAUGUGUUUGCCACAGCAGCACAGCUGGCAACAGCCAUCGAUGCGCACACGAAUCAUGAAAGCCGAGUCAACAAUAUCACGCUGACAGACGCUGAGGAAAUGGACCCAUUGGAGCCGCAUGCUGCUUCAUUGAGGCCAUUGUCACAGCGUAAACUCUCGAGGGGGAAACGUUUUGUGGCAUUCCCUCUGGGUUCAUCGGCAUCGGCCGCUAUCUGCCUGACCACGGGCGUCAUUGGCAAUCCCCACUACUUGUACUUAAGCUUUGGUUUGAAUUGGGGCAUUGCCUACGACUUACCCAACAUCACAUGGGUGUUGCACCAUGCCCACGGCUGGAGCAGAAAGAAACCCAGCGCGGCAGCUGCCAAAAUCAAGCGCAGGCAUCGUCGCGACCUCUAUGGCAACCUGGAGACGAUGAUAGACAGCGUCAACGCUUCCAAUGAUUUAUUGCUGCAGUCGCCGCCGUUGCCGCCGCUGCCGGUGCCGGUGCCAGCAUUGAUGACUAUGAUGGAACGUGCAAAGACAACGUCUGCGUCAUCUGCUCCCUCGGACCAACCACUGCCAGCCAAAUCCGUGCGCAGACUGAGCCGACCCAAGCGUUAUCUCAGCUUUCCCGAAGGCUCCUCCUUCACCGUUGCUGUAUGCAUCACAGUGGGCAUCAUUGGCAAUCCUUACUAUGCCUACAAUAGUUACGGUCUUAAUUGGGGCGUGGCCUACGAUCUGCCCAACAAUACGUGGGUCCUGCAGAGCCUGCACGGCUUCACACGGAAUCCCUUACUUGCGCCUGUUUUACGCCGUCGCACCAGGAGUGCUAUCUAUCAGGAUAUUGAAGCAAUCGCUGAUAACAUGGGCUACAAUGGACGUGAUUGUGUUCUGCGCACUCUUUGCGAGAGUCGUCAAUAUUUCCAGCGCAAUAAGAUGAACAUGAUUGGCGAGAUGCUGCGCGUAAUAUUCAGCUUGCCCAAGCAGCGCAUUUUCACGCGAGAGCUGCAGGAGAAUUCAGACAUUGUGCACUAUGAUAAUGCCUAUCGGCACGCCCAUAAUGUCGACUGUGCCGAGCAAUACGCCUGUCAGUUCUCGCUGCUGGAGUUGGCUUUCGGAAAAUACUCGACGCCGCCGAAAAAUUAUUACGCCCAAUAA